AUGAGAAUGCAACAAAAUUAUGCUCAACAAGGUCAUUCAGCUGCUCAAUAUAAUCUUGGUCUAAUUUAUUACAAUGGAAAUUCCAAUAUUUCAAGGAAUUUAGAAAAGGCAGUCGAGUUGUUUGAAAAAUCAGCACUCCAAGGUAAUUCAGAUGCACAAUAUAGAAUUGGAAUCAUGUAUGAGGAAGGUGAAUUUCUAUUAGAAUCUCAAGAGAAAGCAUUUGAAUGGUAUAAGAAAUCAUCUGAUCAAGGACAUGCUCAUGCUCAAUAUAGUAUUGGUGUUUUAUAUGAACAGGGAAUUCCAAAUUCUCCAACAUUUGCUGGAAUUCAAUCAAAUUAUUCAAUUGCAUUCGAAUAUUAUGAAAAAUCUUCAAUGCAAAAUGUUCCAGAAGCUUUUUACAAUUUAGGAUUAAUGUAUGAAUUAGGAAAGGGUACAACAGCAUCAUUAGAGAAGGCAUUAGAAUGUUUUGAAAAGGCAGCUCAACAAUCUGAUGCAGAUGCUCAAUGUAAAUUAGGAUUAUUUUGUAAAGAUGGUAAUAGAAUUGUAAAGAAGGAUUUAACAAGGGCAUUUGAAUGGUUCCAAAAAUCAGCUCUACAAGGAAAUGACAGAGCUCAAUGUGAAUUGGCUAAUUUCUAUUUGAAAGGAGUGGGUGGAAUUGAAAAAUCUGAAAAGGUUGCAUUGGAAUGGUAUAGAAAAGCAGCAAAUCAAGGAAAUUUUGAUGCCAAAACCUAUUUAAGAAGUUUAACAAAGAGUGUGAGAAGUGUUAGUACUGUAUUCAGUUUUAGAAAGAAAAAAAAUGAUGAUGAUUCAGAUACAAGAAGUACCAUCAGUUCAAUGAGUAAUGGUGUUGUUACUGAUAUUUAA